AUGGAUCUCAUCGAUGAUCGCGCAGUCCUUGACGAUGAAGAAGACGAUGAAUCUUUUGAUGAAGAGACUGGCGAAGUCAGAGAAAAGUCCAACGGAGCUAACGGUCAUUUUGAUGACUCCUCCGAGGAAGAAGAGGAUGAUGACGACGAAGAAGCUGCAGCGGAGGUCGCCAAAGGUUUCAUCGUCGACGAGGAUGAAGACGAUGAAGAGACUCGUCGAGAGCGAAGACGCGAACGAAAGAAGCGGCGCCGCGAAGAACGUGAAGAUGAAGGGCUUGAUGAGGAAGAUCUCGAGUUGAUUGGGUUGAAGCCUGCGGAAGAGGCGCCGGAACCAAAAUUCAAGAGACUGAAGCGUGGGCCUCGUGAAGACCGUGACGUACAGCAGCCCUACGGUGUCAAUGACAUUUUUGGCCACUCGGACGAAGAAGAGGAGGCUGUUGACUACAGCCGACGAACAAGUCGUCCGGACCGCCGUGGCUUGCAGGACGAGUUUGAUGACUUCAUUGAAGAGGAUGUGUUUUCGGAUGAGGAGCAACAGCGGCAACUGGAAGAUGAAGAGGUGGCCCGUCCCAAUCGACGUGGGCUGCCAGAUUUGGGUAUUGCAGAUGCAGCUGGUCUCGACGAGCAGGCGCUCGAGGAUUUCCGUGCUGCCUUCGGUGACGGAACUGACUACGACUUCGCGCUUGAGAAAGAAGACGAGGCCGAUGAAGAGGAGGCCGAAAGAGACAAGCACUUGGACCUCAAGGAUGUCUUUGAGCCUUCACAGCUGGCCGAGAAAAUGUUGACCGAUGAAGACAACACCAUUCGAUACACCGAUGAGGCCGAACGGCACCAACUUGCAAGAAAGCCAUAUCGCCACGUUGAACUGAGUGAAGACGAAUUCAAGGAAGAGGCCGUUUGGAUUUCCAAUCUCAUGCUUCCGAGCAAACAAUUCAAUGCAGACCUUCAUGAACCCUUUCGACGAGCGGUUGCACAGGUCUUGGAGUUCUUGGUUCGAGAUGAUUACGAAGUUCCCUUCAUCUUCCAGAAUCGGAAAGAUUACCUCCUCCACGUUGUUCAGAGAGUUGUUGGGAGGGAAGAAGAUGGAACUCCACGGACGGUAUCAGAUGCGACCAGACUCCUCGUCCAACGCGACUUAUGGCAAAUAUUCGAGCACGACCUCAAAUAUCGAGCGCUUAUUGAGAAGAGACAGGCAUUACGGAAGGCCUACGAAGAUUUAAAAUCAGUUAACAUCCCCGAGGACGUUAUGUUUCAGGAAAUGCUACCGUUGGCCGCUACCAUGGAGGAACUUCAGGAUCUCCAGGAUUACCUCUACUUCCAAUACGCGUCACGGCUCAAAGAUUUAGCACUCACAUCCCACGGUGAGACCAACGGCAUCAAUAUGUCCCAAAAAAAGGCGGCGACCAAGACGGUCUAUGAAGAAAUCCGAGGAGCAAAAGCAUAUGGUCUUGUUCGCGCUUUUGGUAUUACCGCGGACGCAUUCGCCCAAAACGCGGCCCGAAAAGGCGUCCGAACUUACACGGAGGAUCCCACUGAUAAUCCUGAGAAUCUUGCCGACACCUUUAUCGACGGCGAGUUCCCCACGGGCUCGAGAGUGCUCAAAGCGGCGAAAUCCAUGUUUAUCGAAGAACUCGUGAUGAGCCCAAGAUUUCGAGGUCUGAUCCGGGAGAAUGUCUACAAAGAGGGAGUGAUUGACUGUCAUCGGACUGAGAAAGGUCUCAGAAAGAUUGACGAGCAACACCCUUACUAUGAAUUCAAGUACCUACGAAACCAGAAUUUUGGCUCGUUUUUCCAGCGGCCAGAUUUGUUUUUGAAAAUGUUGAAAGCUGAGGAAGAAGGCCUCGUCGAAAUCCAAGUCAGACUACGGAACAAUGAAAAUUUCAAGAAGCAGCUCAACAAGCACAUCGAGACUGACAAUUACUCGAACGUGGCGGAUGCUUGGAAUGCUGAACGCCGCGAAGUCAUCUCGGUCGCUGUGGACAAGGUGAUGAAGCUCAUGGGUCGACUGGUCAAAGAGAACCUGAAAGAACAGUGCGAAAAUAAUAUCGGUGUCGAAUGCCGCGAGGAGUUCAAUCAGAGACUGGACCAAGCCCCUUAUCAACCCAGAGGAAUGAAGAAGGGCACCACUCCGCGCGUCCUAACGCUGUCUAAUGGAGGGGGUGUCCCUGGACGUGACAUGAUUUAUUGGGCAUUUGUCAACGACGAUGGCCGGGUUCUCGAACAUGGUCGGUUUAAGGAACUAGGCCCCGGCGAUCGAGAACGCGGCAUUCCGGAUGGUAAAGAUGUGGAGGCUCUCCUGGAGGUCAUCCGACGGAGAGAACCAGAAGUCAUUGGAGUAUCCGGAUGGUGCCCCGAUACGCGGAAACUCCAUUCAAACCUGGUGACGUUGGUUAAAAACCACGACCUUCAUGGCCCAACAUUUUCAGACGAGGACGACCGAGACCGAAGCGAACUCUUGGAGGUGGUAAUGGUCAACGACGAAGUUGCGCGAAUGUAUCAGACGAGUGAUCGAGCGAAAUUGGAUCAUCCGGGAUUUCCACAACUGGCACUUUACUGCGUCGCUCUGGGAAGAUAUCUACAAGAUCCUCUGAAGGAAUAUGCAGCUUUGGGUCGAGACAUUGUUUCGGUCAGUUUUCAUCCCGCCCAGAACCUCCUCCCUCAAGAGAAAUUGUUGAAAAAGCUGGAGAUGGCUCUGGUCGACAACGUCAACAUGGUUGGAGUCGAUCUCAAUGAGGCCGCUAGUGACACUGCCGUUGCAAAUCUCCUUCCAUAUGUGGCCGGUCUCGGUCCCCGCAAAGCUUCACAUCUUCUCAAAGUGAUCCAUCUCAAUGGCGGUUACGUCAAUACACGUGAAGAUUUGCUCGGGAUCAACGACUUACAUGCGGCGAUGGGAUUCAAAGUCUGGAGUAAUGCCGCCGCCACGUUGUACAUUCAGUUUGAUCCAUCGGAACCCACGUCGGAAUAUUUGGACAACACGCGGGUCCAUCCCGAAGAUUACGAUAUUGCUCGCAAAAUGGCCGCCGACGCUCUCGAACUGGACGAAGAAGAUAUCGAGGCUGAGAGACAGGAAGGUGGAUCGGGAGCGAUCGUCCGACGUCUCAUCCGAGAGGAAGCACAAGAGCGAGUGAACGAUCUGGUCCUCGAGGAGUAUGCUGAGCAGCUAGAGAAGAACCUCAAUUCGAAGAAGCAUACGACCUUGGAGAACAUUCGAGCGGAACUCAUCGAACCCUACGAGGAACUGAGAAAUCCGUUCCGCAGCAACCUGGGAGAAUCAGAGAUAUUUACAAUGCUAACCGGGGAGACCAGAGAUUCGCUUCAAAGAGGCAUGAAUGUGCCUAUCUCCCUGAAGAAGAUCACCGACAUGCACGUCGAAGGAAAACUGGAUUCCGGAUUGGACGCGGUUGUCGAGGAGGGUCAAUGGGCGGACAGUACGGUCUCACCAAAGCAACUUUACACGCUCCACCAGACCGUUCAAGCUCAUAUCACGGCGAUCAAUCGAAAAGAAUUCACCGUGAGUGUCAGCUUAAGAGACGAUCUGUUGAAAAAGCCAUUCAAGAGGUACAACCAUAGCGACCGGAGUUACGACGAAUGGGAUGACCGAGAAGAGGCCGCAGAUAAGAAACUUCUGGAAGAGAAGACAGAUUCAGGUAAUCGUGCCGCCAGGGUUAUCAAACACCCUCUGUUUCGACCUUUCAAUGCCAAACAAGCAGAAGAAUACUUGGGCAGCCAAAAUCGCGGUGAUGUUGUGAUUCGACCAUCAUCGAAAGGCACAGACCAUCUCGCGGUGACGUGGAAAGUCGCCGAUGGAAUCUUCCAGCACAUUGACGUGCUUGAGUUGGAUAAAGAAAACGAGUUCUCCCUCGGCCGGACGUUGAGAAUCGGUGGUCGGUACAACUACUCGGACUUGGACGAAUUGAUCGUGCUACACGUGAAAGCCAUGGCCCGCAAAGUGGAUGAGAUGUGUGGCAACGAAAAAUUCCAAGACAAGUCCAAAGCGGCAUUGGAAGAGUGGCUGACGACCUACACCAACGCCAACCCUAAACGAUCAAUGUAUCAAUUCUGCAUCAACCGAGAACGACCUGGCCAAUUUCAUCUCGUCUUCAAAGCCGGUCAGAAUGCCAAACUAAUGGACUGGGCUGUGAGAGUCAUUCCUCAGGGGUUCGAACUGAUGAAGCAACCAUAUCCUACUAUGCGAGAUCUGUGCAACGGGUUCAAAUUGAUUUUCCAGAACAUGCAUGAAGCGGCGACCAUGGGGAGAGGAGUGAGAAGAUGA